AACAAGAGUCGGGGGUAGGAGGUCGUAAAAGGCUAAACUGGUGAAUGGGUUCAGUUAAGUGCAGAUUUGUAGAACUUAAACACGUACGUGAUACACGAUAGUAUUUAUUUUAACAUAUGUUACUGAUGAACACAUGAAAUAUAAUACAAUUAAUAAAAAUGACUAGAUUAAUAACAACUAUAUUCAUAACUGUGCUAAGUUUUACCUUUAUAAACACCGACACACCGUUAAAAUUCUACCAAGAAAAGAAAUUCCAUGAAGCUCAAGAACUCACAGAUGACAAUAUUAAAACCAUAGCACGGUUGUCAGAUAAGCAACAUUUUAAAAAGGUUCUAGAUGAAAUAUUGAUACCUAGAGUAGUAGGUACUCCUAAUCAUGAAAAAGUUGGUAAUUACAUAGUCAAUGAGAUGAGAGGGUUUGGAUGGGACGUCACAGAGGAUGUGUUUCCCGAACAGACGCCAGUUUUCGGGACUUUAAACUUUAGGAAUAUAAUUGCCAAAUUAAAUCCUAACGCUGAUAGAUAUUUGGUGCUGGCGUGCCACUACGACAGCAAGUAUACGAGAGAACAUGUUUUUGUUGGAGCGACGGAUUCAGCCGUACCUUGCGCUAUGAUGAUCAACUUAGCUAAAGUUAUGUCUAAACAGUUAGACAGUUUGAAGAAUUCCUCGCCUAGUCUUAUGUUCAUAUUCUUUGAUGGAGAGGAGGCGUUCAGGCAAUGGGGUCCGAAGGAUUCGAUCUACGGGGCCAGGCAUUUAGCUAAGAUGUGGCAUGGAACGCCAUACAAAGACGGUGCUAAUCAUUUGCAGAGGAUGGACGUAUUAGUUCUUCUAGAUCUUCUCGGAUGUCCCGAUCCAGUAUUCUACAGCUACUUCAAAUCCACUGAAAAGUGGUACAUACGAAUGGCAGUUGCUGAACAGAGGUUGGCAGAGCUGGGUCAGAUGACUGCGUAUUCGCAGGGUAAAGAUGAGCAGACGUACUUCAGGCUGUCCAGCUCGAACGCUUUUAUUGAGGAUGACCAUAUACCGUUUAUGAGGCGAGAUGUGGACGUUCUACACAUAAUUCCCAAUCCGUUCCCGCAUGUAUGGCACACGGCAAACGACGACAUGUCGGCGCUUGAUUUUAACACCAUAGAUAAUUUGAACAAAAUAUUCCGCGUGUUUGUCGCCGAGUAUCUUCAUGUGACUCCCUAGCGGCGUUGGCGAUUCGAAAUGGCAAUUCUCUUAAAUACCAUGGACUAUUGACCAUGCUCUCAUGGUGCUGCACAAUCGUGUUUACAAAUAUAAUUAUGCUAGAAAUUUUUAAUAAAAUUUAAUGUAAAUGCUUAAAAGCCAUAGACUAUUACAAUGUAGAGGCGCUGGCGCCAAAAUUUGACGUUGUAAUUUUUUAUUGUAGGUAUAUUUUUUAAACUACAGAUAUCUAACAUUUAAAUUACAAAAAUAAAUAAACUUAUAUUGUUCUUGUUGAUUGUUUGAAAUAGGUUGGUUUGAAUAAUUGUUUUAUACACUGAAAUUAAUACAAUUACUGCGCUUCUAGAGGGCAGGGCGUUGUGCUAGGCGUAUUUAUUUGAGCGUAAUUAUUUAUAAAAAAUAAUAUAAAGCUAAAAAAUGAUUAUAGCCUAUAAAAAUUAUAUAACAUUAGAUUUU